GAAUCCUUCGGGAGUCAGGCAAAGGGGACUACAGAAGCUUUCCAGUCUUUACAGGACGAAGAAGCUAGAGGACCUACAGCUGCAGCACAGUGGGUGGGGGGGAGGAAAAAGGGGCGGGAUAGCAUCCAGAGGUGGAGGCGGCGGCGGAGACCGAGGCUCCGAUUGGACUAGCUCUGUUCUCAGACCCCGAAGCGGCCCUGGGGCUUGGCUAGGAGACUUCUGGUCCUGGGAGCCGCACCGCAGAGGGGUUAAGCUGAAACAGCUGCUGAAGCUCCAGGAUGGCACCAUACAAAUUGCCUGUGUUUUUCUGUCUCUGCGGUUGUUUGGUGCAGGUUUAUCCCUUUGGCUGGCCAGAUGCAGAUCCAAUUAAUCAUAUGAAAUCAACAGAGUGGUAUAAAAUACAGAACCUGAUGAGUACUGUGUUCGGUGGCAAACAUCAGAUCCCCAAAGGAAAAGGAUCUUAUUCCGUGGGAUGCACAGACUUGAUGUUUGACUUCACUACUAAGGGCAGCUUAAUGCGUCUCUAUUACCCUUCCCAGGAUGUUGAAUAUCACGAUACUGUAUGGAUCCCCAAUAAAGAAUAUUUUUUAGGUCUUUCUAAUUUUCUUGGAACGCACAGGAUCAUGGGCAAAUUCAUCGCCUACUACUUUGGUUCCAUGAAAACUCCUGCAAAUUGGAAUGCCCCUUUGAGGACUGGAGAAAGAUAUCCACUAAUUAUUUUUUCUCAUGGACUUGGAGCAUUCAGAACAAUUUAUUCUGCUAUUGGGGUUGAACUGGCAUCUCAUGGGUUUAUAGUUGCUGCUGUAGAACACAGAGAUAAAUCGGCAUCAGCAACUUUUUACUUCGAAAAUGAAUAUGCUGUAGAGACAAAUAAUAAGUCCUGGCUUCCCUAUAUGCGUCUCAGUUUAGAGAACAAGGAGUACGUCCAACGCCAUGAACAGGUCCUUCAAAGAGCAGAGGAAUGUUCUAAAGCUCUUAAUUUGAUCCUUGAUAUUAAUGGGGGAAAAACAGUGAAGAAUGUUUUGGACUCCACAUUUGACUUGCAGCAACUAAAGGACACUAUUGAUAAAAAUAAAAUAGCAAUAAUGGGACAUUCCUUUGGUGGAGCAACAGUUAUUCAGUCUCUUAGUGAAGACGAAAGAUUCCGAUGUGGUAUUGCCCUGGAUGCAUGGAUGCUCCCGUUAAGUGAGGAGUUGUACAGUAGAGUUCCCCAGCCACUCUUCUUUAUCAACUCUGAAAGAUUCCAGACUGCAGAAAACGUCAUAAAAAUGAGGAAAUUCUACUUACCUGAUAAAGAAAGAAAAAUGAUUACAAUCAAGGGAUCAGUCCAUCAGAACUUUCCUGACUUUACUUUUGUGACUGGUAAACUACUUGGAUACAUGUUCUCAUUAAAAGGAGAUAUUGAUUCAGAUGUAGCCAUUGAUCUAAGCAACAAAGCUUCAUUAGCUUUCUUGCAAAAGCAUUUAGGUCUUCAGAGAAAUUUUAAUCAAUGGGAUCCUUUAAUUGAAGGUGAAGAUAUAAACCUCAUUCCAGAUAGCAAUGCUGACUCAGUUACAUAUCUUUCUGAGUGCCUGGAAUAAAGAAAUGUGCAGUGUCGACAACCCAUUUUUUAAAAAAACUAAAUUAUGUUUCACCGAGACCGUAGUUUUUUUUUAAAUGAUUGCUCACAUACUUUAAAAAAUAUAGACUAUGCUAUAAUCAUCAUUUAAGAUUCAUCUUGAUUAAAGUGGCCGAAGUUUAUUAUGCUUAAAUUCAUAGGAGUUCAGUGUACAAAAUUCAUAGCAGCCUGUGUUUUUACUAUGCUCAUGUUUUGGGGUGUUAAUAUUUAUGAAACAUUGUCAUACAUUUCUACAUUGUCAGCAUUUUCUUUUCUGAUGAAGGGCAAAUUAAAGGGGGGCAUUUGGUGCCCCUCUCAUAGUUCAACAAAUCAGCAGCAAAGAACCAUCUGCAAAAAUAAUUGGCUAAGAAGGGAAAGGGGGAGUAAGGGAUGGGAAUGAAAGUGGUAUUCACACUCACUUCCUUUUAUGUUUCAAAUACAGGUUACUAAAUAUCUUUGAUCCAGGAAAGGAGUAUCAGGGAGAAAGUGCUAUCCUGGUUACUGCCCCAGAUACCUCAGAUGGUAGCAUUGCCCCCAAAACUAACGGUCAUAUCUGAUGCUUUAUGGUCCAGAGGAAGUAAGAAUAUUCAAAUUAGGAGGAAAGACAGCUAGAUAGGGAAAGGAAGCAGCUAGAUGCUGCUUGCUGCCUCUUUAACAUAAUCAUUUUCCUAUCGAGAAAAAGAACAAAACAUUCCUUUUUCUGAGCAAAGGGUUCCAUAUUAGAAAAAGACUUAGCAAGGAAAUGUCUAUCAGGAUAAUUAUAGAAUAUAUGCAAGAAUUUUAUGAGAAUAUUUCCUGAUUUUCUUUUCAAUCUUUUUUUUGUGUGAGGCAAUUGGGGUUAAGUGGCUUGCUUAGGGUCACACAGAUAGUAAGUGUUAAGUGUCUGAGGCUGGAUUUUAACUCAGGUCCUCCUGACUCCAGGGCCAGUACUCUAUCCACUGUGCUGCCUAGCUGCCCCUCUUUUCAAUCUUAAAAUAAAAUAAAAAUUAUAAGAUUAUAUGUAAAAUAACAUGAUGAGAAUAACAUAAAUACACUGCUUUUUUGAGAUCUUAUCCAAAUAGCUUCACUUCUCACAUCAGUAGUUCUUAAUCAAUGAUUUUCUGUUUCCAAUUAGAUAGGAAGAGUAUAAGAAAAUUGAGAGUGGUGAAGAGUGUGGAAAUAUAGAAAAAUACAUACAUAGGAUCAUCAAUACAGAAGGAAACUUUGGACAUCCUGUAGUCCAACCUGCUCAUUUUUUUUUAAAAGGGAGCCAGAAAACAUAGAUACCCAUUGAUUGGGAAUGGCUUCAACAAGUAUAGUAAGUUGUACCUGAAUGAAAUAUACUACACAGAACUAUGAAUGAUGAAGACAGAGAAGCAUGGGAAGAUGUGUAUGAAUGGAUAGGGGCAGCUAGGUAGCUCAGUGGAUAGAGCACCGACCCUGGAUUCAGGAAGACCUGAGUUCAAAUCCCACCUCAGCCACUUAACACUUACUAGCUGUGUGACCCUAGGCAAGUCACUUAACCCCAAUUGCCUCACCAAAAAAAGUGUAUGAAUGGAUGCAAACUGAAUAAGAAGAACCAAGAAAACAACAUACACAAUGCAAUGACUAAAGUGAUAAAAUGGAAAACAAAUACGGUUGAAUGUUGUAAAAUUUUAAUCUCUGAGACUGCCCCCCCCCAAAAGAUUUAAGAAGCCUUGUCUUCCACUCUACCAGGGAGACUGCAGGUUUGGGACACUGAAGAAGUCAAAUUUCAGUGUACUGUUGACCUGUUUUUCUUCUCUUUUUUGUUGGUUUCCUGGGAGAGACAGUGAGACAUGGGCAAAUGUGUUGGUAAUGUAAAAACAAAAGCUAUGAAUAAAAACCCUCAUUUUUUUUUUUCAAAAUGAGGUACAGGAAGCAUAAUUGACUUUCUUCAAGUCUUAUAUAAUCCAGAUCUUCAGAUUGCCAACUCCAGUCUUCUCUCACAAUCAAACUGCAUUUCACUACUCCAAGAGUAAGGAAGCUCGUUAGGUUGGACUUCCCUGUUUGUUUGCAUGCAUUCUGAUGCCAUGUCCUUAUUGACAGUUAUUCAACAGAUCUUCAGUCUCAAUUUUGGUACUUACAACACUGAUACAGAUGAAAAGUCACUCACACCUUUUUAUGCAGUACUGCUAUUGUCUUUGUUCUUGCAUAGAACCCAAUUUGCUGGACAUCCUCCGAGUCUCUGUUCUUUCCUAUUUGCUAUGUGACCUACCCACCUCCUUUUCAUCUUAUCCAUUGCUUAGUUGAUCCUUAUUCCAUUUCUUGAACCAAGAUUAUUGAAAAUAUUUAUACCCACCAUAUUGUUUCCUUUAUAACCCUUUGGGUCACCUAUUAUUGUCCAUUAUAUGCAUUGAUAUUAUAGUCAUUACUGCUAACAAUUCCCAUUUGAAAAGUGGUUUAAAGUUAAUCAUAUUUUCCUCAAAACCUUGUACCAGCAAGAUGGUGGAGGAGAGGCUGUGACUCCCACAAGUUCCACAUAAACCCAUCUACUCAUGCCCAAAUAAUGUGGUUAAAAAAAAAAAACCCAGAGAAGCCUAAUGCACAUAAGAACAGAGUGAGACUAUUUUUCAGCAAAAGAGGGCAAUUCGGAUCACCUACUUAUCAGGCUUAACAGCUCAUCACGCAGGGCUAGCCAGGUGUGAUUGUAAUCUACUUAACUUGAAGUAGGCUAAUCAGCAGUCAUUCACUCUCACUUGAUUCAACCAGUUUAGAUUAAUCUCCAGGUGGGUCUUUGAGUA